GCUCAAAAUGCACAGCAGCUCCAUGAGAGGAUCCAGUCUUCUAGUAUGGAUGCAAAGUUAGAAGCACUGAAAGACUUAGCCAACUACUCGCGGGAUGUUACAUUUGCCCAAGAAUUUAUAAACCUAGAUGGCAUUUCCCUCCUAACACAAAUGGUUGAAAGUGGCACAGAACGAUAUCAGAAAUUGCAGAAGAUAAUGAAGCCCUGCUUUGGAGAUAUGUUGUCCUUUACACUGACUGCAUUUGUUGAGCUGAUGGAUCAUGGGAUUGUAUCGUGGGAUACAUUCUCUGUGGCAUUCAUUAAAAAGAUAGCAAGCUAUGUGAACAAAUUUGCCUCGGACAUCUCUAUCUUGCAACGGUCGCUAGCAAUCCUGGAAUCGAUGGUGCUUAAUAGCCAUGACCUGUACCAGAAGGUGGCACAGGAGAUCACAAUUGGGCAGCUCAUCCCACAUCUGCAGGGGACGGACCAGGAAAUCCAGACAUAUACCAUAGCAGUAAUAAAUGCACUUUUCCUUAAAGCACCAGAUGACAAGAGACAGGAAAUGGCAAAUAUUCUGGCACAAAAGCAACUUCGCUCCAUCAUCUUAACUCAUGUUAUCAGGGCACAGAGGGCCAUCAAUAACGAAAUGGCACACCAACUUUAUGUUCUUCAAGUACUUACCUUUAACCUGCUGGAAGACAGAAUGAUGACAAAAAUGGAUCCACAGGAUCAGGCCCAACGGGAUAUCAUAUUUGAACUCCGAAGAAUUGCAUUUGAUGCAGAAUCUGAACCCAACAACAGUAGUGGCAGUAUUGAGAAACGCAAAUCUAUGUAUACCCGAGACUACAAAAAACUUGGAUUUAUU